GGCACGUAACCGCCGUAGCGCGAUGAUCAGAAUGACGUAGGCCCUGUCUCAGAUCGGCCAGGCACAAUCAGGGACCCCCGACGGCUUCCUUCAAGAAUCCUCCACGCGACUUUUCUACUCCUCUUCACAUUCUCCACGAUAGCCUUCAAGUUCUCCUAAACAUUCAAAGCUUCAAUUGACAGCCCCCUCACAUCUUCAACAUGGACGUCUACUACUUCUACUCAUACGGCACUGCCGCGUGGAUGGCGCUACAAGCGGCACCCCUCGUUACGUCGCCAACCAUGAUCGUCGCGCUGCUCUCACCAGAGGUGCGCGAAGCAACGACUCUUGAGGUCUACUUCUCCCGCACGCUCGGUCUAGCGCUCGUCACAAUGGGCAUCCUCCAGGUCCUCCUCACAGGCUCCGUUCCGCUGUCUAGUCGAUUGGCUGAAGGAGCAACGACCUCGGCUGAAGACCCCAAAGCACCCUACGCUCUCCCCACAAUGACCAUUACCGCCAUCUUCCACUCCAUCUACGCCUUCUACUGCUAUGCCAUGUGGACCCAAGUGGGUGUCGCGUCCUUUGGUCUAGGAUCCUUUGGUUCAGGCUUCCUCGCUGUUGUUGCUCUGUGGUGCAUUCUGUUUGCAAGCAGUGACGGAAGGAUCAGCAGGAAGACGGGCGCAGACAAGCGAACCAGCGGAUUUCCCUUCAAGAACAACGAGGCCGACAAGCGCAAGGCCCGAUAAGCUCAGACCUACCACCGCGCAACUGAAUCAUGACAAACGGGAUUGGGAAGGUAUUGGAGGACUUUGGUUGAAACAGGGAAUAUUUGGAGUUGUUUCCAUAGCAUGUGCUACAAUGCUGGAGUAACGGCGACAUGGUGGUGAGAUGCCACGAGACGAAAGUUGCAUAGCAUUCAAACAUGAAAUGAAUCACGUUAUAUGAAAGAAACGUAGUCAAAUCAUUCUUACGAG